AUGCAAAUGGCGAAAUAUGCCAGUCGCUGGUUCAUUGUCAUGGCAUGUGCUAUUCGUGUUUGUCUGUGGGCCCUUGUGCUCCCUUGUGCUCAUGCUGUCGGUCUGGCCAAGGACGAGGAACCGCUCGUCUUCAAGAAGGGAAACAUAAACUUGUUAAUGGAUUCCCUCGAGACGACCUGCGAUCACGACUAUGUGGAGUACUUCCACAAGGUGCCCAACGCGGGGCUGCUCUACACCUUCCGAGUGACUCGGCCGGCCACUGCCUUCACCAUUGACAUCACAGUAAAGGUGCUAAAGACCCAGCGAGUGAUGUAUAGGACUGAAAACAUCAAUGGGUGCGAGUUUCUCAGCAAUCCCCUACUUAGCAAAGUUUUGGGCGUCGUUUACAAGCAGCUGGUGGUCAAUGGCAGUUUCUUUAAGUGCCCCAUCAAGCCGAGUGUGUACUUCCUGAAGAAUGAGGGAACGGUCGCGAUGGUGCCAAGCUUUCAUCCGCCCGGACACUUCCAGCUCACGAUGCGUGUAAAAAUGCGCGACAGUCGGAAACCGUUCGUCAUGCAAAUGCUCUGGAAGUACAGAAUUGUUCGCAUUAAAUAA